GUUCACAUAUCAAGUCUUACACCAUGGACAGCACACUGUGAUCCAUAGCCUGACCACUCGUGGACGACAAAGUAAAACAGAAGGCAUUCAUGUGGGAUAAAUAUACAGUAUAUCUGAGCUUAUUUACCUCUCUGGACUUUUUAUUGCAAUACAGCCUUAAGCCCACUGCAAGCCAUGGAUCUUCUUCAGAAGAAGUUUGGGACAGAGGACAUGAUUCUUUUGGAACAACUGUCUGAAGACUCCCUUGUUGACAACCUGAAGACAAGAUUUGCACACGAUGAGAUAUAUACAUAUAUUGGCAAUGUGAUUAUCUCUGUAAAUCCUUACAAACCUUUACCCAUCUACACUCCAGAAAAAAUAAAUACAUUCAAGAACUGCAAGAUCUUUGAAAUGAGCCCUCACAUCUACGCCAUUGCUGAUGAAGCUUACCAAUCAAUGCGAGAUCAGGACAAAGACCAGUGUAUCCUCAUUACUGGUGAGAGCGGAGCAGGGAAAACAGAGGCCAGCAAGUUUGUCAUGUCAUACGUUGCAGCUGUCUGUGGGAAGAGUGCGGAGGUGACGAGGGUGAAAGAACAGCUACUUCAAUCUAACCCAGUACUGGAAGCUUUUGGAAAUGCCAAAACAGUAAGGAAUGAUAACUCAUCUAGAUUUGGAAAAUAUAUGGACAUUGAGUUUGACUACAAAGGUGAACCUCUGGGCGGAGUCAUUAGUAACUAUCUGUUGGAGAAGUCUCGAGUUGCUAAGCAUGUGACAGGAGAGAGAAACUUCCAUAUAUUCUACCAGCUUGUCUCCGGUUGCCCAGAUGACCUACUGAAAAAGCUGAAGUUGGAGAGAGACUGUAGCAAAUAUAUUUACCUUAAUGAAGAUAUCAAUGCUUUAGAUGGUAUGGAAGAUGCCACUGCAUUUGCCGUAGUACGACAUGCAAUGUUGACCAUUGGAUUCUCUGAAAAUGAGGUUGCGUCUGUGUUGGAAAUAGUUGCUUUUGUUCUAAAACUUGGAAAUAUCAGACUGGACACAAGCAAUCAAACAAACAGUGCGGACUCAUGUUUUGUGAACAACAUCAAAGCACUGGAUGGAAUCUGUGAGAUGAUUGGUUUGGACUCAAGCAUCUUGGAGCAUGCCCUCUGUAAUCGUACAGUGGAGGCCAAGAAAGACAAAGUGGCAACAACUCUGACAGUUUCUCAGGGUUACUAUGCUCGUGAUGCUCUUGCCAAAAAUAUUUAUAAUCGCCUUUUUAAUUGGAUAGUCAACAGAAUUAAUGAAAGUAUAAAGGUUCAAGGUGUCAAGCACAAGAAAGUCAUGGGAGUUCUGGACAUUUAUGGCUUUGAGAUCUUUGAGGACAACAGUUUUGAGCAGUUCAUCAUAAAUUACUGCAAUGAGAAGCUGCAGCAAGUAUUUAUUGAGCUCACACUGAAAGAAGAGCAGGAAGAAUACGUGAGAGAGGGUAUUAACUGGACACAAGUGAAUUACUUCGACAAUGCUGUCAUCUGUGAUUUAUUAGAAAAUAAUUUGACUGGCAUUCUGGCUAUGCUAGAUGAGGAAUGCCUGCGUCCAGGUCAAGUGACUGAUGCCACAUUUUUGCGGAAGCUGAAUAAAGUGUGUGCUGGGCACAAGCACUUUGAGAGCAAGGAGACCACUAAUGCCAGACAUAUCUAUGACAAGACACUGCCAGCAAACUGCUUUCAAAUCAAACACUAUGCUGGAAAGGUGACCUACAACACAACUGGAUUUGUGGACAAGAACAAUGACCUGCUCUUCAGGGAUCUGUCAAAAGCAAUGUUUUGUGCAAAGCAUGCAUUGAUCAAAUCUCUAUUUCCUGAUGGAGACCCCAGAAAUUCUUCACUGAAAAGACCUCCAACAGCAGGAUCACAGUUUAGGGCUUCUGUCUCUUUUCUUAUGAAGAACCUGCACUCCAAGAAUCCCAACUACAUCAGAUGCAUCAAACCGAAUGACAGGAAAGCCCCUUCGAUCUUUACAGAUGCCAUUGUCCAUCAGCAGGUGCAGUACCUCGGCCUCCUUGAAAAUGUGCGGGUACGGAGGGCAGGAUUUGCCUAUAGGCAAGUCUAUGACCAGUUUCUGAAAAGGUACAAGAUGUUGUCUAAAGAGACGUGGCCAAAGUGGGAGGGAAAAGACAGAGAUGGGGUCCUGGCUAUUGUGGCAGCACUUCAAAUUCCAUCAGAUGAGUAUGCUUUUGGACGAACUAAAGUAUUCAUCCGGACACCCCAGUCUUUACUUCUUCUGGAAGAGAGGCGAAAACAGAGAUUGUCAGAGCUUGUCACCAUCAUUCAGAGUAUGUUUCGGUGCUGGAAAUGCAGAAGAGAGUUCCUCAAAAUGCGAGAAAGCCAGAUCGUUAUUUCUGCAUGGUACAAGAGGCACUUGGAGCAAAACAGAUACAGACAGAAAAAGGCAUCUACACUUAUCAUCCAGGCAUACAUACGAGGCUGGAAGGCUCGUCGGCAGCUGCAUGAGUUGAAGCAGGAUAAACGUCUCAAUGCAGCUGCAGCUACGAUCUCAGCAUUCUGGAAAGGGUACCAGGUCCGCAAGGAAUACAGAAAGUACUUCAGAACAGAUGCUACCAGAAUAAUUUGCAACUUCAUCUACCUGAAAAUAUUACAGGCAUAUUUUAAAGGUCUAAAGAAAUCACUUCCAUCCAUGUCACCCUCUGACAAAUCAUGGCCACCAGUUCAUUACAAGUACCUGACUGGAAUGCACCAAGAACUGAGGAAGAUAUUCUAUGCAUGGAAGUGUAAAAAAUACAGAGAGCAGUUUACCCCUGAGAAAAAGGCUAUAUUUGAAGAAAAGUUAUAUGCCAGUGAGCUGUUCAAAGACAAGAAGGCCUUGUAUCUUAGAAGUGUUCCGCAGCGAUUUCAGGGAGAUUACUUGGAUGUCAAAAAGAAUCCCAAGUACCAGAAACUCAGCAGUGCCGUAGAUAGUCAGAUCAUUGUAUCUGAAACUGUGGACAAGAUUAACAGAAGUAAUGGAAAGAGUACUCCAAUGUUGUUUCUGGUAACAAAGAGUCACUGCAUAUUUGCUGAUCCAAGCUCUGCUAAGACAAAGGAUGUCAUUAGCUUGACUGACAUUGCCCAGCUUUCUACAAGCAAGUAUUCUGAUGGGAUAAUAGCCCUGCACUUGAAACAGUCUGCAACUGCGGGAUCUAAAGGAGACUUCCUGUUUAUCAGCAAUCAUGUCAUCGAAGUUGUAACUAAACUUCAUCGAAUGUUACUGACAACAACCAAGGAAAAGGUGAACCUCCAGACUGUGAAUGAGUUUACAGUCCGCUUUAAGAAAGAUAACGUCUCUGUAAAGGUUAUGGAGGCAGCUGAGAGAAAUGGGACCAAGCUGACCUGUAAGAAGAAGAACAGCCAUACAUUGGAGAUCACUGUUCAGAAGGAAUAAAUGCAAAUUAAAUGCAUGAAACUGUUUGGCGCUGCCUCUAUAAAUGAACUUGAAUCAUGCAAUACCACUAUUGGUUGACUAGAUUUAUUUUUCUUUUUUCCCAUCUUUGUCUGUCUCUUUGUACAUAGAAUUUCCAUUAUCCAAAAUGCAGUAUAACAAUGAAGAAUCUAUGCCAAUGCCAGCUGGUCUAAAAAAAUGCUGUCGUUCUGGUUAUCUCCAAUGGAGCACGUUCCUAGAGCACAGUGUUUAAUUAUAAUUAUAUUGACAUUUUUGCAAAUAGAGGAACCCCAUAUUUUCUGUUGGUAGUGAGUCGAGGUUCCACUUUUGACCUAGAAUUACAGUUAGAAGGUUCUCAAACACCGAGCAGUCAGCAGUCAUGUGCAGGGCUGUAGAGAUCGUCAGUAAUUGUAUUGUCAUUUUAAUCUGUUAUCUCUUGACUCUCAUCUCCUCAGCCCAUCAGUACACAGACCAAAGAGAAACAGCGAUCAAUAUGAACAUUAAACCAAAAAGGCUAUAUCUGUUCACUGUGAGCUCGGUUUGUCAUCCAAGCCUUCACCUUUAGUUUACAUUUGCCACAGUAUAUCUAAUACUAAUUCAGAUAUUAAAAAUUGUUGCCAAGAAAUAAGCCUCAUUGUGUUGUUUAAAGACAGAGUCAUAAUGCACUUUCUGUUUCAGCAUGUGAAGUGACGACUGAAACUGGGAUUGAAACUGCUACUUUAAGAGAAA